AUGGAUUACCAAACUGACUCUGAAACAGAUUUAGACACUCCUCAAGAACCAACAGCUUCUACAUCAGUGGUCAAGAAGCCAAAAACGUGGUUAUAUGAACACAAGUAUCAGAAAGUAUGGGAAUCAAAUCCAAAGUAUUCUAAAUGGAUAAGUCAUAGCAAAAAAGGAAUUGUAUAUUUUCAUUGUAAGGUUUGUUUAUGUGAUUGUAAAGGUGGUUUAUCGGCUGUUAUUAAACACAAUAAAUCGAAAAAACAUAACCAAAAUUCAACCAAUAUGAAAGUUACUUCUGUAUUUGAUAUGCCUUCUUUGACCAAAAGUAAAGAAGUGAUAGAAAAUAUAAAAACAACUGAGAUCCGUAUUGCAUCUUUUGUGGCUGAACAUAAUAUACCAAUAAAUGUGACUGAUCAUCUUGUAAAAUUAAUCAGCUCUAUAAAACUAGAGCCUAAUAACUUGGCAAAGUUAACAUGUGACAGAACAAAAUGCACUUCCAUCAUCAACAACGUCAUAGGUGCCACUGGAUUUGAUGAUCUUGUACAAUACAUAAAAAACAAUAAGUUUUCACUUUUGGUCGACGAAUCCACUGACAUAAGUGCUGUAAAAAACUUAGCUCUUGUAGUACGUUUAUGCGAUAAUUAUAAAGUUGAUGAUCAGUUUCUUACGCUUCUCCCUGUAGCCAAUGCAACUGCAAAUAAUAUUUAUCAAGUCAUUACAAAUUUUUUUAACAGCCACAAUAUAAAAGCAUAUAAAAGCAAUUUAAUUGGGUUUGCUGCUGAUGGAGCCAACACGAUGAUGGGGAAUAAGCAUUCUUUAAAAAGUCUGCUUAUAAAUGAUAUUCCACAAUUAUUUGUUUUAAAAUGUGUGUGUCAUUCAUUAGCACUAUGUGCUGAAUAUGCAUGCCGAAAACUUCCUGAUGAAAUUGAAAAAAUGUUACGAGAUAUUUAUACGUACUUUAGCCACAGUUUUAAACGACAGCAUGAAUUCGAAGAGUUCCAACAUUUUUUCGAUGUCAAGCCCCACAAAUUAUUACAAUUAAGUUGUACCCGAUGGCUGUCAUUACUAAUGGUCUGGUGCAGAGAAUUUUCAAAUGGAAGGACGAAUAUUCAUGAUGAAGCCAGAAGUGGAAGGCCAUCUGUUUCUGACGAUCUCCAAGAACAAGUUGAGUCUGAACUUCGUGAAGAUAUUAGAGCCUAA